CGCUCCACCGCUACCUCUCUGCAUAGAGAGUGUCCUGUAACAGAAAAGCCUUCUAAAUUCUUCACAUACGUCGCGCGACAUGGCAACAAUUGCCGGCGCUCGCGCACCACCGCCUCCACGCGACCCGCCGCCUCCACCCCCAGAAGAUAUUCCUCCUCCCCCGCCGCCACCAAGCUCAGAACCGCCUCCUCCACCACCACCGAGUAUAGAGCCACCGCCACCGCCUCCACCUGAGGAAGAUGGCCCCAACUUUGGGCAACCGAAAAAGAAGAAGGGCUUCGCUUCACAAAACAAGAAGCAACCACCUAGUAUCGAUGACAUACUGAAGGCAAAGCGGGAGAAGGAGGCAGCGGCAGCCAAGCCCAAGUUCUUAUCCAAAGCCGAAAGAGAACGUAUUGCGCUCGAGAGGCGUCAGAAGGAGGUCGAAGAUGCGCGUAAGAGAAAGGAAGCUACAAACGGCGCCACAAGUUCAUAUCCAAGCAAUGGAGUGUCGUCAAACGGGUCUAGAAAUUCGGCAGCAGUACCGACAGGCCCUCGGGCUAUGCGUGCGGAGCCUCCAAGCGGACCUGCAUCGAUGCGAUCGAAGAGCGAUAUGCCGCCUCCGUCAGCCCCCAAGCCUGGAGACAAGCGCGGCGCGAAGAGACCGGUGGCCGAAGAUGCGGAGGCACAAAUGGUUAGGCAAAGAUAUAUGGGAGCCGAGAUAAAUCAGUCUACGUUCUCAGCGAAGAAGAAGCGGAGGCGGACGACGGAGAAGAAGUUCAACUUUGAGUGGAACGAUGAGGAGGACACAAGCCCAGACUACAACCCGAUAUACGAUCAACGUGCCGAUGUAAACCUGUUCGGCCGUGGAACGUUGGGCGGUUUCGCCAAAGAGGUGGACCGCGAGCAGGGUGUUGAUGCGAACAUCAGGAAAUAUAUCGAAGCUAUGAUCCGAGCAGACCCCGAGAACGGUAGGCAGCGCGCAGAGCAAAUAUUGGAGAUGGAACGACGGCGGAACGAGGCCCCGCAUGCACAGUUGGACAAGCAUUGGAGCGAUAAGAAGCUUGAGCAUAUGCGCGAGCGCGAUUGGCGCAUCUUCAAGGAAGACUUCGACAUUGCGACGAAAGGAGGUUCGAUACCUAAUCCCAUGCGCAACUGGGGAGAGGCUGGGCUCCCAGACAACAUUCUUCGGAUCGUGGAAUCAGCGGGGUAUAAUGAGCCCACACCCAUCCAGCGUGCAUCCAUACCCAUCGCCUUACAAGCGCGAGAUCUCAUUGGUGUCGCGCAGACUGGUUCUGGUAAAACGGCUGCAUUCGUCCUACCUUUGCUGGUCUAUAUUUCACGACUUCCUCGGCUCAGCGCCGCCAACAAGAACGAUGGUCCUUACGCGCUUGUUCUUGCGCCCACUCGUGAAUUGGCCCAGCAAAUCGAGGUUGAAGCCAGGAAGUUUGCUGCCCCUCUGGGUUACAACACUGCGGUCAUUGUGGGAGGGCACGCUAUCGAGGAACAGGCGUUCCAGCUUCGCGACGGUGCGGAGAUCAUCAUUGCCACACCCGGUCGUCUCUUGGAUUGUAUUGAGCGCCGUGUACUAGUUUUGAGCCAGUGCUGUUAUGUCAUUAUGGACGAAGCUGAUCGCAUGAUUGACAUGGGUUUUGAAGAGCCAGUCCAGAAGAUUCUCGACGCCCUCCCUGUCAACAACGAAAAGCCCGAUACUGAAGAGGCGGAAGACUCACGCCUCAUGACUCAAGGCCAAUACCGCCAGACGAUGAUGUACACAGCUACCAUGCCCACUGCCGUUGAACGAAUAGCAAGGAAAUACCUACGACGACCAGCCAUUGUUACCAUCGGUAAACAGGGCGAAGCCGUCGAGACUGUCGAACAACGCGUCGAGUUUGUGCCAGGCGAAGACAAGCGCAAGAAGCGUCUACAGGAGAUCCUCUACUCGAACGAGUUUGCUCCGCCUAUGAUCGUGUUCGUCAACAUCAAGCGCAACUGCGACUCUGUUGCGCGCGACAUCCAGAAAAUGGGCUUUAGCGCAGUCACCUUGCAUGGUUCCAAGACACAGGAACAGCGUGAAGCCGCGCUGCUGUCCCUCCGCGACGGCCGGACCCAAGUGCUGGUCGCUACCGAUCUCGCAGGACGUGGUCUUGACGUUCCCGACGUUAGUCUGGUCGUUAACUUCAACAUGGCGCACAACAUAGAGAGCUACACUCAUCGUAUUGGUCGCACGGGUCGUGCGGGCAAGACUGGUGUCGCGAUCACCUUCUGGGACAACAACGAUGCGGAUGUGCUGUACGAUCUCAAGCAGAUGCUGGCGAACAGCACGAAGAGCAAGCUGCCGGAGGACCUGCGGAAACACGAGGCUGCGCAGCAGAAGGGUGGAAAGGGAAAGAAGACUGACGGUGGGAAGGGCUUCGGUGGUUAGGAUCUGGUCAGAAGUCUACUGAAGAUAUCGAUCAAGAGUUUCGUGGUGCUUCUGUGAAUGGGGAAGUCGAUCCACGCCAUGGUUUUGCUUGUCCGCCUAGGCCGCAUACUGAGCGAAGAGUCACAAGACUGCACAAGCGAAGCACCAAGAACAAAGUAGACGUGUUGUUCUUGCGGAAAGAGACUUUUUCGUGCUCAGCUGAUGAGGGAUAUACACCACACCCCGCACCUCAAGAUUUACCUGCACUCAUUGUGGUCCCCAGACGGUUGUCCCGGCGCCUCAAGUCCAAACAUCCACUUGCCCUUACUAUACCCGUAUACCCCGCGUCAUCAUCUGCUGUCUCCAUCGAGACCCCGGGUACUGGGUGAAUUGCUUCCCU